AUGCAGAAUAUAGGAAGUGGGGUACUCAAUAUACCCAUUUCUAUUUUUUUUUCUACUAUGGCGGACAAACAAUCAUCAUUGCAGCGACAUACAGGCCUAAUGUUAGGAUCUCAGGAACAAAAUUUACAACAGCUAGGCAGGGAAGAAUUGGAACCUGGGUGUGUGGAGGAAAGAUUCCGUGUAGAUCGCAAAAAACUCGAGCAGAUGCUUCAAGGCUCCAAUGAAAAUGAUGAGAAUGCAGAAGACUUUUUCCAGAGAGUCAUGAGUGAAAGCCACACACAAAUCACUUGGCCAUCAAAAUUGAAAAUAGGAGCCAAAUCAAAGAAAGAUCCUCACAUAAAAAUCAUUGGAUUGCCUGAAGAUGUAAAAAAAUCUAAGGAACAAAUUUUAUCCAUACUGGAUACAAAAAUCAAUAGAGUAACAUUGAAAAUGGAUGUGUCAUUCACAGACCAUUCACAUGUCAUUGGAAAAGGAGGCAAUAAUAUAAAGAAGGUCAUGCAGCAAACUGGAUGCCACAUUCACUUUCCAGACUCUAAUCGUGGAAACAGCAUUCAAGAAAAAAGCAAUCAGGUAUCCAUAGCUGGUGAGCCAACAGGAGUUGAAAUUGCAAGAGCACGUAUCAGGGAGCUUUUGCCCAUUGUAUACAUGUUUGAGCUUCCCAUGACGGGAACUCCCCAACCUCUACCAGAUGUCAACUCUCCUGAAAUUCAGAAACUACAGCAACUAUAUAAUAUUGCCAUCAGUUUCCGACAGCGCCCAAGGAUAUAUGUUUCCACAGUAAUUGUUCGUGGUUCUGUAUAUAAUGCUGAAGCAGUGAAGGAGGGUAUUGCAAAGCUAAUGGAACUUCUCACAGGAAAUGUAGUGGUGAAAUUUGCAGUCAGCAUGCAGUUGGAAAUUGCACCACAACAUCACUUAUUCAUUAUUGGAAGAAGUGGUAUAAAUAUUAAACAAAUUAUGGAAAGGACAGGAGCAAGUAUCCACUUUCCUGACCCAAACACUUCAGCACCUCAGAGAAAAGGGACAAUUUACAUCACUGGGAAUAUUGAGAGUGUGUUCCAGGCCAGGCAACACCUUAUUGGAUGUCUGCCUUUAGUACUUAUGUUUGAUGUAAAAAAUGAAACAGAAAUUGAUCAAGCACAUGUUACUCACUUGAUGGAGCAGCUGGAUGUUUUCAUCAGUGUCAAACCAAAACCAAAGCAACCAAACAAAUCUGUGAUAGUUAAAAGUAUUGAACGUAAUUCUGCAAAUAUGUAUAUGGCACGCUCACAUUUACUGGGAUUAAAGAAAGAAGAAAAAACUUUCCCAAACAACUGUGAUAAGAAGCUUGAUGAAUCCAAAUAUAAAGAUGUGACAUUGUCCACAUUAGAUCCCAAAAAUGCUCUUCAUGACAAUAAACAAAGUAUUAGCUCAGGAGAAUAUCCCAAAGGAUUUGGAAGGAGCCACUCUGCAGUGGAGUUGUCCUCACUUCAGCAAAAAGAAGGCAUUUCUUUUGAACUGGAAUCAAGUAAUGCAACAGAAUGCCCAGAACGAGGAAGACCCAUUUACACAGCAAGUCUGUUGAGUGGUAGCCACUCUUUAGAGAGCAGUCUCAACAACAGCAAUCAGUUUUUAACCUCUAGAGAUGCCAUGAAAACAUCAGAGGAGGUUAAUUGCACCAGAAGUGGAAUAGAACUCCAGAAUCUUCAAAUUCUUCAGAAUGAAAUUCAGAUGUUACAGAAUUUACAGGAAAUUCAUAAGCUUCAAAAUCUUGCAACAGAAGUAAAUAUGGAGAACAUAAACACAGUUGAUAUGGAGAGCUUUCAUCAAAACUUUUUACAUUUAAGAGCUAAUAAUGCUGAGUUGGUUGGAGAUUCCUAUUCUUUGAUUGAAGAUUAUGAACAAAAGAAACUAAUGGCAACCAAGGCUAUGCAAAGAAAACCAGAUGGUGAGACACGUAAUCCUACUGACAUUUGGUCUGGAAUGGGUUUUUCAAAGUCAAUGCCAGAAUCAGUCAUACGAGAGAGAAUGCAAAAGAUUCAAGGUGUACUUGCUUACUGUGAGCCAACUAUGGAAACAACAUUUGAGAAUCCUAAUGAAAACGAAGAAGUGGAUAUUGAUCCUUGGGAUAGUUCCAGUCCUGGCUUGAUUGGAAGCAAACCAAUGAAUUUUGCACCUGGAGAAUACCCAAGCCCACGCAGAAAAUGUGACUUCAAUGAUUAUCUAAGCAGUAGUAAUCAUGUAGACAGUGCUAAUAUACCACCAGUCAACAGUUUUUGGGACAGUGACCACACAGACUUGCCAGAACUUUUUAGUAAACUAGGACUUGGAAAAUAUAGUGAUCUGUUCCGACAGCAAGAGAUUGAUUUGGCAACAUUUCUGACACUUACAGAAACUGAUUUAAGAGAACUAGGAAUAACAACAUUUGGUGCAAGAAGGAAAAUGCUGCUGGCUAUUGCAGAUUUGAACAAAAGAAGAAGUCUGAUGAACUCAGAGAGUGGUGCAAAUAUUAAUGACACAACUUUUGCUACUGAUUUCCCUGAUAAUGGGUCCAAUACCAGUCCGAGAGGGAACCCCACGUCUACUGCUGCCCAACGAUUUCCUGACUCUGGCAAAAGUUCAAUAAUGGAUAAUUUGCAGAUGUCAUCCUCCAUGGGAAAGAGUGGUUUCAGUAAUCCAAGUUCUCUCAUGAAUAGUUAUACAUCACCUCGAAAGCAUGGAGGAACUUUUUCCACCAAAAGUCAAUUUCUCAGUCAGAGUGCAAGAUUAAGUCACUCUUACAAUUCAGAUCAUAAUGCUCAGUUGAUGAGAGGAUCUGGACUUAGCCAGAGUGGAAGUUUCAACUAUGCACCUGUAAACAGGUUGUUUCAUGGAGAUAGGUAUAUCAAAACACCCCCUGGAUUUCCGCCAAAGAAAGUUGGUCUUAAUCACAGUGCUAGUGGCAAUCUCUUUGCCUCCUCUGAAUUAUAUUCUCAGCAUAUUGACUCAACUACAGCUGCAGAUACCAGUCCUAAAAAACCACUGUCUGAUGUUGCAAGCUUAAGUGGAAGAUGGUAAACCGAGUUAAUACACAGCCAACUGAAGCUUUUUUUUUAUACCAAUGGCUGCUACUUUUUAAAAAUUGUGCAUAUAAAAGUAUUUAAUCAUAUUUUAAUUGUUAGACAAAUUUAUCAUGCAUGUUUUAUGCUUUUUGACCACCAUGGACUCUGUAAGACCUCUAAAAAAUGGUACAGGUUAAAAUGUACUGUAAAUGUAUUAUAUUUGGCUGUGUAUUCUUUUUAGCGAUUUGGCGAAAAGGAACUUCCGCUAAUUCAAGUGCAAUGCUAAAUGUCUUGCACAUAUAUACAUAAAUAAGAACAUUGAGAAAUGUGCUAAAUCAAAUCUUCGCUAACUUGUUCAAAAAUCAAUUUCUGCCAAAUAUCGUACAUGCUAAAUAUAAUACAUUGACAGUAUAUGUUUUUCAGUGGGCAUGGUAGAUAUGUUAUAGACACCCUAAAUUAGGUACUUUGGGUAUGAUUCAUAUGUAGAAAAAGGCUUAUGCAAUUGAUCAUGAUCUUAAUUGCAUUUAUCUUGUUUUCCUCUUCAGCUUAGCUGGCUGAAAGUACCAGUGAGCUUUUCGGAAUACCCAUUUUCCGUCGUCUCUCUGUUCAUCUUGUAAACUUUUUGAAUGAACUGAAGUAAUUCUUCCUGAGAAAAAUUAUUUUCAUAAAUUUGAGUCUGUAUAUUAACAAGAUAUAAUUGAAUAUUUGAAUUCUGUUCAAAAAUUGGUUUGUUCUGCACUUUCAGCUAUAUAAAACCAGGCUUUUUAAAGGGUUAUUUGAAAAGUUUACGGAUCAUGUCAUUCUUCAUUAUUCUAUUUUCAAGAAACUUAAAUGUAAAGUUAUCUCUAAGUUGUUGAUGUGUGAAAUAUCAUCGAUGUGAUUAAACAGAAAUUCUGUCAUUCAAUUUUAAAAUCAACAUGCAACCAUGACAGAGGUAACUUAACUAUAAAUGACCUAAUGAAAAAAAUACUGAUAUACAGAUUUUUAUAUGCCCAUCUUAAGUUGCGACGUAUUAUGUUAUUGCCUUCAUGUCUGUCUGUCGAUCUGUUCGCUUUUCUUGGGUCUGGCUCAUAACUUUAAUACUACUAAAUGAAAUCCUGCCUGAGAAAUAAUUUUUUUAGCUCACCUUGUCAAAGGCAUGAUGAGCUUAUGCUAUACCUCCGGCGUCGGUGUUAGUGUCGGUGUACAGGUUCAAGUUUUGGAGCAGGUCCAUUUCCAAGUAACUUUAAGCCCUAACUGGACCAAACUUGCAUGGAUGAUGCGUCUAGGGAUUGACACUACCAGACUUGCUUCAGAUGCUGGAUCUGAAUUACAUUUUUCCAGAUGAGUUGCCAGGUUAAAGUUUUUGGAGCAGGUCCAUUCCCAAGUAACUUUAAGCCUUACCUGGACCUGGGUGAUGCAUUUAGGGAAGGACACUGACUUGUUUUGGAUGCUGGAUCUGACCUGCAU